UUAGAUUUGUUGCUCGAGGAUAUAUUCAAAAUUCCUCAUCUCAGAAAAUUGCAUGAACGAGCGUUGAUGGUUAAUGGUUAUAUUUACAACAGACCACAAGUAUUAAGCAUGAUGAGAGAGUUUACUGGACAGAGAGACAUGGUAAGAACCGCAAAGACACGUUUCGCAACCGCUUUUUUAACUUUAAAGCGAUUUCAUGUACAACAAGCAAAUCUGAGAAAGAUGUUUACAUCUGAAAAGUGGGCAAAUAGUCGAUUUUCUAAGGAGGUUGCAGGAAAACGUGUAGCAGAAGUGAUAUUGAUGUCUUCUUUUUGGAAAAAUAUGGUUUUUGCAUUAAAGGUUGGUGGCCCAUUGGUGAAAGUAUUACGGCUGGUAGAUGGUGAAAAAAGGUCUCCUAUGGGUUAUAUCUAUGAGUCAAUGGACAGGGCCAAAGAAGCUAUCGCUGCGUCAUUUAACAAUAAUGAAGAGAAAUAUCGUAGCAUUUUUGAACUCAUUGACAAAAGAUGGAACAUUCAACUCCAUCGACCUUUGCACGCAGCUGGAUGUUUCUUGAAUCCAGAGUGUUUUUACUCAAACUCUGAUAUAGAAAAUGAUACAGAAGUGAUGGAGGGUUUGUACAAGUGCAUAUCCAGAUUAGUGAGAGGUGAGGAUUUACAAGAUAAGAUCACGAAUCAAUUGGAAAAAUACAAGAAAGCAGAAGGACUUUUUGGUUUGCCAAUGGCUAUCCGACAAAGAACUUUAAAAUCACCAGCUGAUUGGUGGUCUUCUUAUGAUGCAUCAACUCCUGAAUUAAAAACAUUUGCAAUGAAGAUUUUAAACCUCACAUGCUCUUCUUCAGGCUGUGAACGUAAUUGGAGUGUUUUUGAACAUAUACAUUCUAAGAAAAGGAAUAGGUUGUCUCAACAACGAUUGAAUGAUUUGGUAUAUAUCAAGUACAAUAGAGUUUUGAGGAGAAGAUAUGACAUGCGAGACAAAAUUGAUCCUAUUACUUUGUCAGAGAUAGAUGAUAGUAAUGAAUGGUUGUUGGGUAAAUUGGAUGACAGUGAUAAAGACAAUGAUAAUGAUUUUGUCUACGAAGGUGAAGAUUUGCGUUGGAGUGAUGUAGCACAAGCAUCUGGGGUUGGUGAAAGUGCAUAUGGCUUUCGAUCUCGAAAUGCAUCUUCUUCAAAAGGGGCAUCAUUAUCUGCAUCUGCAAAAAGGAAACUAUCUUCAGCUCAAACUAGUCUUGUUAAUGAAGAAGAAAUUAAUCUUGAUGAUGAAACUGAAGAAGAGGAUACUGAUGGAUACAAAUCAAGCGAUGGAGCUGAUGACGUAGAUUUGGACAAUGAAGAUGAAGAAGAUGAUUAUUUUGAUAUUUGAUAUUUCCUCUAUUAUAUUUUCAAAGACUUGUGAUUUUCAAU